AUGCUGGGAAGCUGUGGAAUAAAGAAUUGCGAGGAUGUGCUGGAUGGCGGCGCUUUAACGGUCUGCGCAGAGAGAACUGAGAUUGCCAAGGGUCCAAUGGGGGGACAUCGACCUCCGCUGGAACUGGCAAUGGACGUGCAGACCGUCAUGGAAUCCUCAAGCGGCACACCGCCUUCCAUGGUGGAUGCAAAGAAGGCCUCUCCUGUCAGUCCUUCCUCUCAUUCCUGGCCUUCUGUUUCCUCCGAGAUCAGCAAAUCCAGUAUCUGCGUACAAAAUCCCACACUUGCACUUGAUGAAUCGGAGGAGCGGCUGAACUCCGGUCAGAUGGAAAUUUUCACCGAUUCUAUUCAACCAAACACUGAUGGCAUCUAUUUCUGUCACCUGUGUGAAUACACUGGUAAGCGCUGA